GACAGUCACAUUUCCGAAACAAGAACGAAUACUGCUGGAUGACAGAGCCGCACACUCACAACACACACAGAAGAAAAGCACUUGCAUUGGUGCUUGCUAAUUGAAAUAGUACAGUCACUGGCAAGGUGAUACCUGACUGAAGUCCUGGCUGGAGUUCAAGACAGAAGGAUAGUUUGUAAGAGGAGGGUUGACUCCUGUGCAACAAUGCUGAAAUCAUUCAACCUCUUAAAGCAGUUAGGAUCUGUGGGGAAAUCACAGGAUGCCACUGACCUUCUCACAGAGGAUCUGGUUAUGGUGGAGCAGCGGGUGGAGCCAGCCAAGAAGGCAGCGCAGGUUAUUCACAAGAAGCUGCUUGCCUGUCUGCAGAGUCAACUAGGGCUGGACACAGAGAGACGAAUGAAAAAACUCCCUCUCAUGCUGCUCUCUGUUUGCAUGGCUGAGAGCUUUAAAGACUUUGAUGCAGACUCUUCUAUCAGGAAAGUGUUGGAGAUGUGUUGCUUCAUGGAGAACCAUCUGGCCAAAACACUGGCUGAAUUUGAGCUGAAGCUGGAGAAGGAGGUUUUGGAGCCUCUCAAUAAGCUCAGUGAGGAAGACCUUCCAGAGAUUCUCAAAAACAAGAAGCAGUUUGCAAAACUCACAAUGGACUGGCACAAUGCACUCAACAAGUCCCAGGCCAGUACGGGCCCUCAGGCAAAGCAGGACGGGCUGAAAGAAGAGGUGGAGGAGGCCUGGAGGAAACUGGAGAGUAUCAAGGAUCAGUACUCUGCAGAUCUCUAUCACUUUGCCACUAAAGAAGAGGCCUAUGCCAACUACUUCAUUCGUCUGCUGGAACUACAAGCAGAACAUCAUAAGAAUUCCCAUGACUUCCUGGAACGAAACAUCACUGAGCUAAAAGAAAGCCACAAUCAAACAGACUCCCAGAAGAACAACUCUAGGGGGAAGGUAUACGGGGAGCCCCUGCUGACUCACCUGUAUGACAGCGGCAGGGAGAUCGCUGUUCCCAUCCAGGAGUGUGUUCACAUGCUGCUGCACACCGGCAUGAGGGAGGAGGGUCUGUUUCGUCUGGCGGCAGCAGCCUCGGUAGUGAAGAGACUGAAGAGCAGUCUGGAUGGAGGAGUCAUGAACCACAGCGAGUUCACUGACCCUCACGCAGUCGCAGGGGCUUUGAAAAGCUACCUGAGAGAGCUGCCUGAACCUCUCAUGACCUUUGAACUCUACAAUGAUUGGUUUCAAGCAGCAGGGGAGAAAGAAUUGACAGACAAACUUGAGCAGUUUAAAAUUGUGCUGAAGAAGUUACCAUCAGAAAACUACAACAACCUCCGGUACCUGGUACAGUUCCUGUCAUGUCUGUCAGAGCAGCAGGCGGUUAACAGGAUGAGUCCCAGUAACAUUGCCAUAGUACUGGGUCCCAAUCUGUUGUGGCCUCACAUGGAGGGGGAGGCAGCGUUGUUGGACAUGGCAUCUGCCUCCUCUGUCCAGGUCGUGGCGGUGGUUGAGCCUCUCAUAAAAUACUCCAGCAGCCUGUUUCCAGAAGAGGUGGACUUUGAGAUUCCUGAUCUUCCUGGGGUCUCAGAUUUGACCUUGUUAGAACCUGAACCCUCAGAGUCUGGGAAAGAGAAUCUUGCCAGAACUACCUCCUCCUCUUCCUUAUGCUCUUCCUCUACCCCUUCUCAUCCUUCUCUCUGUAAAACAAUCAGCUCAGGAUCACAGAACAGUGGAGGUCUAUUCAUCUUCAAGUCAGGCUCCUUUGUUCAUAGAACCACCACCUGGGGGAACUCUGCCUCAGACCCACCUAGCUCAACCCCACUUACCCGUACCUCAGUCCAGACCCAGAGCACGUUCCCCAUCUCAAGCCCAACACUGGUUCACAACACAUCCCCACUUCCCAGCCCCAAACUGUCUCCUGGCCCAACCCUGGUUCCUUCCCCACCACCGGUGUCUGUCUGCAGUCCGACCCAGAAGCAGAGCCCUGAAUCAGAAUCACUAGAACCCAUCUUAGAGGCCCCACCGGACUCCCCCAAAGCUAUACUGACAAUCACCUCAUCAUACAAACUGAAGAGUUCCUUCUUUCAGCAUAAGCGGUUCAUCCCUGGUAAAGAGCAGGUGGUCGCUACAUACUCCAGACCCAGCACCCCAGCACCAGCAGAGGCACCCAAAACCCAGCCACACCCUGCACCCAAGCCCCUAGCUCCGGUCCUGAAGAAGGCCCCGAACAAAAAGGGUGCAAUUAGGCCCCCUCAAAUCCCACCACCCAAGCCCCCAGUACUGGUGAGCAAACAGGUGACCUCUAUAGCGCAGUGAUGAGGUAGAGAUAUAGAGUGUCAUCUAAGCAUGUGUAAAGAAGUUUUCUUAUGCUUUAGGUACAAAUGUAGACUGUAACCUGACAUUUGGUGCCACCUUGUUUGGUUGCGUAUCAAGGCCAGAGAUGUAUUGGGCUUCUGCAGCCAAGUCCAAGUGCUUUGUAGCUUGAGCCAUACAGUUUCUUCAGAAAUCAUUCACACCCCUUGACUUUUUUCAUGUUGUUGAGUUACAGCUUGAAUUUAAAAUAGAUUCCAUUUAGAUGUUUGUGUCACUGGCCUACACACAAUACCCCAUAAUGUCAAAGUGAAAUUAUGUUUUUCAAAAUUUGUACAAAUGAAAUGCUGAAAUGUCUUGAGUAAAUAAGUAUUCAACCCCUUUGUUAUGGCAAGCCUAAAUAAGUUCAGGAGUAGAAAAGUGCUUAACAAGUCACAUAAUAAGUUGAAUGGACUCACACUGUGUGCAAUAAUAGUGUUUAACAUGAUUUUUGAAUGACUACGUUAUCUGUAAGGUCCCUCAGUCGAGCUGUGCAUUUCAAACACAGAUUCAACCACAAAGGGAGGUUUUCCUUUGCCUCACAAAGAAGGACACCUAUUGGUAGAUACAGUUGGUUAAAAAAAAGCAGACAUGCCAAAGAUGCUUCUACAAAGUAUUGACUCAGGGGUGUAAAUUCAAUAUUUCUGUAUUUCAUUCUCAAUACAUUUGCAAACAUUUCUAAAAUCAUAUUUUCACUUUGUCCUUAUGGUGUAGAUGUAGAUGGGUGAGAUUGUUGUGUCUGGAAUACGAGGGAUGUGAGUAGUCUUUGAAGCCUCUGUAUAUGCAUGAUGUGUUGUGAUUUAUUUAGAGCUGUUUUGUAGUACAGUAUGUUUUCAGAUAUGUAAAUAAAGUAUUAAUGCUAAUUAAAAACA